CACUGCCUUGACGAAACUAAAAUUAGGCCUGACACCGACCUUGUAUGUCCUAUGUUCCUGUCUUGUGACUUUCUUCAAAGGAACUCCAAACAAAACAUUCGAUUCAUGCCUAUCAUGUGAAGGAUCAUGUCGUUUUUUACUGCAGAUGACGAUGACCAGGAUUUCUCGCUAACUGGAGGCGGCUCCAAACUAGCCUCUAUAUUUGGCAUCGACCAGGCUUCCAAUCAGGGUGGCAAUGAGUCCCUGAAGUACACUGCCCCAAAGCAGCCCAGACCAGCCCAGGCACAGCCUCAAGGGGGCGCUCCUGCAGUACUCCAUGCCUGUGCUGUACAGACAUAUAAAUUUGUAAACAAUCAGUAUGCCAGCCAGGGAAAACUUGGUGCUGCUAUAGUGGGUAGUCAUGAAGCAAAAGAUUACAAGUUGCUUCUCUAUGUCAGCAAGCAACAGCAAGUUACCACAGCAAGAAUUUCUUCUAGCUUUAAUUUUACAAUUCAAGCCAACAAUUAUGCUAACUUCUAUGAUGAUGCCAGACAGAACUGGUCUCUCAACUUUGACAGCACUGAUAGUGCAGUGCAAUUUGCAAAGCAUGUUGCUCUGGCCAAGGCCAACAGUUCAGGCAAUGCUCUCACAGGCACUGUAUCUCAGGAGCUUGUCUUGGGCGAUGGUGGUGCCCUUGAGAGUGGGGAUAGUGCAGAGGUGAAGUAUACAGGCUGGCUGCUGCAGAAUAAUACUUUUGGGCAGGUGUUUGAUAGUAAUGCUAGUGCAGAAAAACUUUUCCGAUUCAAGGUUGGGAAAGGAAAAGUCAUAAAGGGCUGGGAUGAUGGUGUGAUAGGAAUGAAGAAAGGCAGCAAACGUUUGCUGAUCAUUCCACCUCACCUGGCCUAUGGUACACAGGGUAUGGGGGCCAGGGUACCGCCCAGCUCUACUCUCAUAUUUGAGGUAGAAAUUGUCAGGGUGAAGCUAUCCAAGGAACAUGUCCCUGAGCAGGCAUCCAGUAGUGCCACUCCUCCCCCUGCUGCCAGCCUUGACAUCCCAGAGACACACCAGGAAGAUUCAGUGAAGUCUAGGAGCAAGUCCAUCACAGAGCAGCUCUCACAUCACAGCAGUGAUAAGGCCAAGCUAAUCUCUCGUAUGAAGAAGAUGGGUCAACCUAUGUUGCCACUAGGUGGGGCUGUGGCUGCUGAGCCAGAUACAGACGAGGAACCAGUAUCUGAGAGCCCCUCACCUGCUCCUGUUACAGAACAGCCUCAGCUCUCAGCUCAUGUUGCCCAGCCACAGCCACAGAAACCAGUCCCAGCAGCAGCAGCAUUCCAACCUACAGUAACAGCACAGCAUCAGCAGCCUAUCAUGGUCAGUCAGCCAGUGGUGCCACCUAUGGCUACUGCUGCUGCGCCAGUAUCGUCACAAGUUGCUGUCUACCAGUCACAAAUACCAGGGAUGCCUAUGCAGCCACAAUUCCAGCCGCCAUUCCAGCAGCCGUAUGGUUACCAACAGCCACCUCCUCCACAGUAUAGCAGCAUGUAUCAGCAGUUCCCAGCACAACCCCCAGUGUCACAACCAUACCAUCAGGCUGCCCCCCAGCCACCCCCAGGGGGUGAUGUGACCACACCCAUCCUUAUGUCUGAGACAAGACAACAGAACACAGAGAUCAGGCUAGCCAUUGGGAAGAUUGCAGACAAAGUAGAUGAGGUGCAUAAGAAGUUAGAUCAUCUGCAAGUCCAUGGAGGAGGUUCAAGUCUGGCUCUGCCUGGAAACCUACCCAACAUGGAGGCAGGGGUUCUGUUACAGAAUAUACAGAGAAUAAUACAGGAAAAUGAAAGAUUGAAGAAGGAAAUAUUUGAAAAGAGUGCAAGGAUAGAGAGUCAGAAUGAGAAAAUUGCUGACUUAUUACAAAGAAAUCAGAGUUUUGUAGAACAAAGCAAUGUGAUGUUAGAACAGAGAAAUGAUACAUUUAAAACAACAGCCGCCCAGUCUCAAUCCAGAGUACUGGCUCUUGAACAGGAAAAGGUGCAGCUCACCACAGAAUUAAGUGCGGCCACAGCACAGAUCAGCACCCUGCAGCUGGAGAUGAACUCUCUGAGGAAGAAAGAAGUUGAAGUAAGGCACCAGUUGUCUACAUCUCUGGCAGAUGGCCAACAUCAAAAGGAUGACCUGGAUCACCUAAGGAUGCAGCUGUCAGAAAAUGAAAAGAAGAUUGAACAGCUCAACUCAAGUUGGAAAGAAGAAAAGCAGAUGAAGAAGACGUUGGAGAACAAGUUGUCACUGCUGGAGGAGGAGAUGGCAGAGUUGAAGACUUCCAAUGAAAGUCUAGAAAAGUCUGCAAGCGACAGGAAGAAGAAAGCUUUAGAAGAAAAGAAAAGAUUUGAAGAAGAAUUGGAGGAAGUUAAAUCACAAUAUGAGAGUGAAAUUCAGAUUCUGAAGGAUCGGUUAAGAAAACAGAAAUCUUCUACAGACAACGUUGCUGCUGAACAGGUUGCUCAAGUAGAACAGGAAUUAACACAAGAAUGGCAACAGAAGUGUGACAGGCUGGUGUCUCAGGCCAAUGAUAAACAUGCCAGAGCCUUGCUAGAGGUAAAGGAAGAAAAACAACAGCUGGAGAACACAGUGCAAGAGCUGCAGACAAAACUUUUAACAUUGAAAAACUCCCGAGGAGACAGUGAUAAACAAUUGUCUGACCUACAAGAACAAGUAGAAGACUUGAAGGUUUGGAAAGAAAAGUAUGAAGCCCUGCAUGCCCAAGCCAUCAGUAUGAAACAGAGAUAUGAAAGCAGGAUAGAGGAGCUGAACACGGAGAAAGAAGAGGCUGUCACCAGGGCUGAGGAAGCAGAAGAGAAAGCCGCAGCCCCUGCUGCCACUGUUGGUGCCCCCACUGCAAGUGGAAAUGUUUCUCCUGAAGUUUUAUUGACAGAAGUGAAGAAGAUAAUGAACUCUGUGUACCACAUGCUGCGGGCUGAGUUCCAAGUUGACCAGUCCUACUUGGGGAAAGAUAUACUGGCCAGCUUAGUAAAUGCUAUCAAGAAUGUAACUCUGAAACUGCAAGCUAGACAGAAGGAAAAUGAAGAAGACGAAGAAGAAGAAGAAGAAUCUGAAGAUGAGGAGGACGAGGAAGAGGAGGAGGAAGAUGAAGAAGAGGAAGAAGAAGAUGAAGAAAAAGACUUAAAAAGUGAACAAACUAAUCAGAAAGAAGAUUUACAAGAAAAUAUUAAGUCAGAAAGUGCCAUACCAAACCAAGAUGCCACACCAGCUUCACUUAGCAAGACAUCAGAAGACCACCCAGAACCUGAAGUGAUUCUGGAGCCCUCUAGUGGCAGUGAGUCACAGACAUUUCCUAGUGAUAGUGACACACAGACACCUAGUUCUAAUACUACUGAAGUGCCCUCUAGUGAGACUGAUUCACCAGCUCCCUCUAGUGGUGGUGACUCUACAGCCCAUAUAAGGGCAGACAACGACAGAAAAACUGAUAGUGAUGUCUUAACUAAUGGAAUGGAAGAGAACAAUGUUGUAGAAAAGGAGGAAAUAACAGAUAACAGUCCAGUAGAAAAUGGUGAUAAUAUCCAAGAAGUGGAAAAUUCAUAUCAUGAGCAACCGCCAGUUGUCCCAGAUGCUGAAGAUGAAGAACCCCCAGAGCUUCCAGGAGAAAGUCCCGACAAUACGGAUCCUCUCUCUAAUGGCACGGAGAUUGCUGCUGAACAAGAAGAAGCACAGGCUUCAUUAAAAGACAUGGUGCAGCAGGCAGUGAGCCAAGAGAGCACAGAGGCAGACAUUGAUGAUAGACCAGUGCCGCCCCCUAUGAACAGUUCUUUGUUUGGGGGCGAUGAUGAGGAUGACGAUGACUUGUUUGGGUUUGCUGUGCCUACAGAGCCGGAGGCUGAAAAGAAAGUGGCAGUGGCAAAGAAGGAAGAAGAAGAGAUUGAUCCCACAAAAGACAAGCCGCCGCCUCUGUUUGGUGACGAAGACGAUGACGAUGAUUUGGAUUGGCUGAGUUGAUGACAGCUCACAUUUAAUGAAAAAUUUAGAGAUUAAAUCAUGCUCUAAUGAAGUGUUUGAAGUCAUUUUGAUCAUUAUUUAGUCCCAUAAUUUAAAUUUAUUGUAUCGGAGAAGCGAUUUUGUUAUCACUUCUUAAAUUUGACUUGAAUUGAUCAGUCUUAUUUCCAGAAACAAUGUUAUAAUUGUAAUGCCUGAACAUGAGUUGUAAAAGUAAAUAGGCUUAUGUCAAAUAUUGAACUUUAUUUGUGUGGGAAUGACACCAAAAAUGAUCAAGACAAUCUGCACUUCAGUAAAAUGAUCAACAAGCUGAACUUAAUUAAUUUUUUGUUGGCAUUAUUUCAGAAGAAUUGGCCAAAAGUGAAGUUUUUACAGAAAUUGUUUUGAUGGGCUAUUAAAGGGAAAACUUAAACAGAAAACUUUGAUCAAGGAUGAUACAAGAUUUUUUAUCAUGAAAAUUUAUAACGGUGCAGGGUGAUGUUUGAGUUGACCUGUGUAAAAAAGAUAAUUAUAUAAAAAUAUUAGAAAUAAAUGCAGUAAGUUGUUAUGCAUUCAAUUCCAUCACAUUGCCAAUAAAUAUUUAUCUU